CACCCACGCUGCUACUUCUUGCAAGGAGGUGAAGAUGGUUAAGCUCACGGUAAAGACUAUCAAGGGGAAGAAAUUUCAGAUCGAGGUGGAGCAGACGCAAACGGUGAGAGAGGUGAAGGGGGUCAUCGAAGAGCAAAAUGCCGAGUUCCCGGCCGCGCAGCUCAAGCUGAUCCACUCUGGCCAGAUCUUGAAGGAUGAGUGCACCUUGGCGGAAUAUAAAAUCAAGGAGGAAGAGUUCCUGGUGUGCAUGGUGACGAAGCCCAAGCCAGCCGCGGCCGCACCGGCCGCUCCGGCUCCCGCGCCAUCUCCCGCCCCUGCUACAGCGGCGGCAGCGCCUGCAGCCGCGCCUGCUGCACCAGCUGUGCCUGCCGCUCCCAACGCGGACCACGUUCGUCAGCUCACCGAAAUGGGAUUCCCUGAAGACCAGGUCACGGCCGCUCUCCGUGCUGCUAUGGGAAACCCGGAUGUCGCUGUGGAAUUUCUCAUGACAGGCAUUCCUGAUAACAUUCAGGCCGCAGCCGCUCCUGCUCAGGCGGCGGCUGCACCUACCGGGGCCAUGGAAACUUUAGAAGACUUUCGUGGUCACCCCCAAUUCAACGAAUUGAAGCGCUUGGUGCAGCGUGACCCGACACAGCUGUCGAGCAUCCUGCAGAUGAUCGGGCGACAGAGCCCGAACCUUCUCGCUCGCAUCCACGAGAACCAGGGAGAUUUCAUUGCACUAAUGAAUGAACCCAUCAAUGAGUCUGCCCCCCCUGCAGCGGCUGCGGGAAAUGCAGGCGGCAUGGGUGGCUUUGGCCCAAUGAUGGGCUCCGGAGGCCAAGCCAAUAACCCUGCCCAGGUGGCUCAAUUGCUGCAAGGCAUGAGCCCUGCACAGCGAGCACAAAUGGCAGCUGCAAUGGGAAUGUCUCCUCAGCAGCUUGCGCAGGUGAGCCAGGUGAUCGGCCAAAUGCCGCAAGAGCAGUUCCAGCAGCUGAUGGGGUCGAUGAAUGCGGGGGGCAUGCCGGGUGCUGGGAUGGGAGGUAUCCCUCCAGGAGCUGGUGGCGCUGGCGGGAACGUAAUUCGUCUUUCGGAGGAAGAAGGUGCAGCUGUCGCCCGCCUCACAGAGCUUGGGUUCGAGAGAACAGAUGCAGCACAGGCAUAUUUGGCAUGCGACAAGAACGAGGCACUCGCGGCAAAUUUCCUUCUCAACGAUAUGGGUGCAGGCAUGCCGCCGGCCUUCCAAGCACCAGCUCCUGUCCCAGCCCCACCUACGGCCGCCACCCCAGCGACCCCCGUGCCCGCCCCGACACCAAGUAGCGACUCGACGGCCCCAUCGGCUACUGAAAAUCCUGCCGAUCCUUCUCCUGCCACCGGGGAAUCUUCCCCUACGAACCCUUCCGCGGGUGGUAACAACCCACAAGGAGGUGGUGAUGAAGACGAGGAUAUGUAUGGAUAGUUAUUGAGCACAUACACCGGAGGUUGGGAUGUUGAGGGCCCCGUAGUGUGAGAUUUUGGGCGGGGCGAAUGAACGACUUGAGUCUUGACGAAAGACUUGAGCGGUCGAGUAUGUUUUUUUUUUACCCACUAGUGAUGACUCUCCCCCUUGGUGCCACGCGCCUGCUGUUGUUUUCUUGCGGUGCCGUGAUGUUGCGAAGCAGCCGAGUAGGCUGAUCGUGUGAAGGGCGAGCAUGGCUGUCAAGGAGUGUUUUGAAUUUCCACAUUCUGGCAGCUGCGAAGACGCGACGAACGGGUACAUUGCUCACUUCCAACGUGGAGACCAUCAGGUUUUCGCUAGAACGUAGCAUACUUAUUUGGUAGAGUUCUUAGCUUGGUCUGUCUCGACUUGUCCAAGAACAAGCACCGUUUUCAUCAUUGGCAAAUAUUUCGGAGACACCAAACCCCCAAAAAAAACGUCAAAUGAAGACUAAACUCC